AUGGACAGCAGCUCGCAUCCCGAGGGCGCACCUCGACGCCCCUCGAGGAGGAGCUCGAGUGCGGGAAGAAUGCACAGAAGAGAUUCGAAUUUGAGCACUGCAAGCAUAGUCAGCGAUGUCGAGAUGUCGACCACUGAUGUCUUUUCCGGGCCCAUAUCGGAAUCAGUGCCUUCUUCCGUGACGGGGUUCGCAUACCAAACCCCCCGAAGGCGAGCUGGGUCGAUCAGUUCGUUCACAUACUUUACAGAGCAAGACCAAGACUCGCCGCACGUCUUCUCGGACGAAGAGGCUGUUGAAAGCGACGAAGAGCACGGCCACAUAGCUGCGGAGGACCGAGACUUGGAAGCUGGUCUUGAGCCUACCACAUCCCACCGCAAGAGCUCAAGCAGAUACCGAACGUCGGCCGACGAACCGCUCCUGUAUAGGCACGAUUCGACGCGGAGUGACACCCAGAGACACGAGGAUGGCGGCAACUUCAGUCAAAAGCUAUACAUUGAGAAUGAGGAUCUGACAAUGGCUAUAGCUGGAUUUACGACGUCCACUAUCGGCUAUUUGGCUUACCUGGCCAUCUGUGUCUUCACAGCGGGUAUCGGUUAUCUCGUCUUUCGCUGGGUGCCUCGGUGGCGCAUAUCUCUCGUUGGAUCUUCAUCACCCCUCAGAAAAUGCUCUUGGGUGGUCGUAGAGAAUCAAUGGGGUGAAUUUACGGUUCAUUAUGUGGCUUCCGAGGAUUAUGGGCAUCCCAUGUCAUCCGUUUUCACACGCUCCGGCAAGGAAAAGCUCAAUGGAUAUCGAUACGACAAUGACGCGGAGUUGCGGCGCCUACGGUAUCUUGACUACAGGUACAUGAGGCUCUUGUAUUACCCAGUUGAAGAUAAAUUCGUCCUGAACAACGACUGGUGGGAUCCACAAUGGGUGUCAGUCAAAGCUCUCCGCGAGGGUCUUGACACUGAAGAAAGAGACCCGAGAGACCAAGUUUUUGGCAAGAAUAUGAUUGAGAUCCAACAGAAGACUAUUCCGGAGUUACUCCUCGACGAGGCUUUUCAUCCCUUUUACAUCUUCCAGGUCGCCAGUCUUAUCCUCUGGUCAAUGGACGAGUAUUACUACUACGCCGCGGCAAUCUUUCUCAUUUCUGUCUUCUCCAUCACCACCACUGUUGUAGAGACUCGUUCGACAAUGCGACGAUUGAGGGAGAUCUCGCGCUUUGAGUGCGAUGUUCGCGUUCUCCGCAACGGCUUCUGGCGUGCCGCGCUUUCAAGUGAACUUGUCCCUGGAGAUGUAUAUGAGGUCUCUGAUCCUUCUCUAUCACAGCUUCCCUGUGACAGUCUUCUCCUCGCAGGCGAUUGUAUCAUUAAUGAAAGCAUGCUUACCGGUGAAUCUAUUCCUGUUUCAAAAAUCCCCAUCACUGACGAAGCCCUGCCAUACAUUGAUCUUGGUGCAACGUCAAUCCAUCCAAGUGUGGCUCGUCACUUCCUUUUCUGCGGCACGAAAAUCAUUCGUGCAAGGCGACCGCAAGAUACCGAGGACGACGAGGCUGUUGCUCUUGCUAUGGUGGUCCGUACUGGAUUCAACACAACAAAAGGUGCUCUUGUACGAUCCAUGCUCUUCCCUAAGCCAUCAGGCUUCAAGUUCUACCGUGACUCCUUCCGGUACAUUUCGGUGAUGGGUAUCAUCGCGGGGAUCGGGUUCAUUGCUUCAUUCAUCAAUUUUGUUAAGCUCGGUCUCGCCUGGCAUCUGAUCAUUGUCAGAGCAUUGGAUCUCAUUACGAUCGUGGUGCCUCCCGCUCUACCGGCCACUUUAACUAUUGGAACGAACUUCGCCCUAUCCCGACUCAGAAAGCAACAAAUUUUCUGCAUCAGUCCACAAAGAGUCAAUGUCGCCGGAAAACUGGACGUAGUCUGUUUCGACAAGACUGGAACCUUGACCGAAGACGGCCUUGAUGUUCUCGGCGUACGGCUUGUACAACAUCCAGAGAUACGCUUUGGGGACAUUUUGGAAGAGGCGCGAGAGCUUCUUCCCCCAGCUUCCUACGAUCGUGAUCCGACGGUCGACUAUCGAGUCAACAAAAACAUGCUGUACACGAUGGCUACUUGUCAUUCCCUUCGGCUGGUCGAGGACGAAUUGAUCGGCGACCCACUUGAUCUCAAGAUGUUUCAAUUUACCGAAUGGUCGUUUGAAGAGGGUUCCCGUAGCACGAGCCACUUUAUCGAACCUGGAACCCAUCAAACAGCACCAAGCGUGGCACGUCCUCCACAUGGUUUCGAGUAUGAUUUGGAAGAUUCUCAGGACAAUGAGAACCCGGUGCGCGUCGAACUGGGUAUAUUGCGCUCCUUCGAAUUCGCCUCGCACCUAAGACGAGCCAGUGUCGUUGUGCGGCAGCACAGUGACCCAGGUGUCAAUAUCUACGUCAAAGGUGCACCGGAAGUCAUGAAAGACAUCUGCACUGCAUCAAGUAUUCCUGAUGACUUUGACGACCUGCUGAACUACUACACCCAUAAAGGUUUCCGAGUCAUCGCCUGUGCUUCGAAAUACAUUUCGAGACUCAGCUGGGACGACGUUCAGAACAUGGAACGUUCUGAAGCUGAAUCACGUCUUUCGCUGAUCGGCUUUAUCAUCUUCGAAAACAAGCUCAAGGAAAUCACGACUGAAAUCAUUGAAGAACUGAACGAAGCGAAAAUCCGUAAUGUCAUGUGCACGGGUGACAACAUUCUCACUGCCAUCAGCGUGGCGAGGGAGUGUGGCAUCAUUGAUCGCAAUGCACACUGUUUUGUGCCUCACUUCAUUGAGGGUGACAAAAUGGAUGGCAAAGCACGUAUCUGCUGGGAAAGUGUCGACAAUCAAAUCUAUCAACUUGAUGAACAUACUUUGCUACCUGAGCCAUUACCAGUCGAGGAUGACAAUGCAGCUCCAUACGAUGCAAUCGCCAUCGGCGACUAUACCCUGGCAGUGACUGGCGAUGCGUUCCGCUGGAUCAUCGAUUUUGGAUCCACAGAGGUAUUGCAACGUAUGCUCGUCAAAGGCGCAGUCUUCGCUCGAAUGUCUCCAGAUGAAAAGCACGAGCUUGUUGAGAAGCUACAGAGCAUCGACUACUGCUGUGGGUUUUGUGGUGACGGUGCCAAUGACUGCGGUGCGCUCAAGGCUGCAGACGUUGGCGUCUCACUGUCAGAAGCUGAGGCAUCUGUCGCUGCGCCGUUCACCAGCCACAUCUUUGACAUUUCCUGCGUGCCCGCCCUGAUCAAGGAAGGCCGUGCUGCUUUGGUAACCAGCUUCUGCUGCUUCAAGUACAUGAGCUUGUACUCGGCCAUUCAGUUCACGUCUGUCAGCUUCCUCUACGCGUCUGCAUCGAACCUGGGAGAUUUCCAGUUCCUCUUCAUCGACCUUGCGUUGAUCUUGCCGCUGGCGAUCUUCAUGGGCUGGACCGGUGCAUAUCCCGUCCUGAGCAAGAAGCGUCCUACCGCAAGCCUCGUAUCACGAAAGGUCUUGACCCCGCUGCUGGGUCAAAUUGUGCUUUCGGUCCUUGUUCAACUGGUCGCGUUCGAGACGGUCCAACAACAACCUUGGUACAUACCACCGCGACUGAACAAGGAAAAGUCCAACGUCGACAACUCCCAAAACACGGCCCUCUUUCUGGUGUCGUGUUUCCAGUACACACUUUCUAGCGUCGUCCUCAGCGUCGGGCCGCCAUUCCGACAAUCCCUGGCGACGAACGUGCCCUUCUGCGUCACGAUUGUGACGGCCCUGCUGAUUUCCUUGUACAUGCUCCUCGAUCCGGCCAAGUGGCUGGCGGACUUCAUGGACCUGACGGAGAUGGCGGCGGACUAUGAAGUUUUUCUGCUGGUCUUGGCCGUGGCUGGCUUUGCCAUUGCUUAUCUCGCGGAGCAGUAUUUUUUCCCUCUGCUGGCGAAAUACAUUGGGCGGCUCAAAACGAGGCUGAGACCGGGACACCCGAAAAAGAGGAAACAGUACAAGCUCAUUGCCGAAGAUAUCCACAUAAAUACCUAG